AUGAACGCAGAACUGCCAUCUAUCGAAACAGCAAUUAUCGGCGAUGAUGGACUUACCCAACGAUCGAUUCAAGUGACCAAUAAAACCAAAUUUGCAGCUAUUGUGUAUGCAUCUAAUGAAGGAUGUCCAUUCACAGUAAAUGUGCAAGAUGGAACCAUAACCCAAAACAUUAAUAUUGAUAAUCCAAUCGAUUUGGAACCUGGACGUCAAUCCCUCCUGAACUUUCCACCCAACUCUCAAUUGAUACAUGUCCAAGUAUUUAUCAAAAAGGGUCAAGGAAGUAUUUAUAUGGGCCACAGAACCAUUAAGCCCGAUAUGAACUAUCGCAUCUUACCAAGACAUAUCGUUGACGUCGAGUCAGUUCCCCACAUAGUAUUUGAAGAAAACUUUCCAACACCCAUUCAACAACCACCAUUCUCUAAUCCUUCUUCUUUUAUCAAUUUUCUUAACAUUUAUGAAGAAGAAGAAAAUGAAUGA